CAAGAGAACUGAAAAAGAACCCCUUUGUUUUUCAUCACUACUAAAAAAGACCCAAACUCCAGACAGAGCAAAGAGAAAGUAAUAAAAUGGCAACCGAAACAGCAAUUGAAGGAACCACCGCCACAGAGAUCGGAACUGAGAAUCCGGCGCCGGCGCAGCAGCACAAGCUAGAGAGGAAGUGGACGUUUUGGUUCGAUAACCAAUCAAAGCCCAAACAAGGCGCCGCCUGGGGUACUUCUCUUCGUAAAGUGUACACCUUCGAUACCGUUGAAGAAUUUUGGUGUUUGUAUGAUCAGAUAUUCAAGCCGAGUAAGCUACCUGCAAGUGCUGAUUUUCAUUUAUUUAAAGCUGGAGUUGAGCCUAAAUGGGAAGAUCCCGAGUGCGCUAAUGGAGGCAAAUGGUCUGUUACUUGUGGCAGGAAGGCUCUUCUUGAUACUAUGUGGCUUGAGACUUUGAUGGCUUUGAUUGGGGAACAAUUUGACGACUCCGAUGAGAUAUGUGGUGUGGUUGCAAGUGUUCGCCCAAGGGGGGAUAAACUCGCAUUAUGGACAAGGACAGCAACAAAUGAGGCUGCCCAGAUGGGCGUCGGCAAGAAGUGGAAGGAGAUCAUUGAUGUCACUGAUAAGAUCACUUACAGCUUCCAUGAUGAUUCUAGGAGGGAAAGAUCUGUGAAAAGCCGAUACAAUGUAUGAGCACUCCACUACUUUUGCAGUAUGGCUAUUGAGAACACCAAAACUUUUAAGAGUAUUUCACGGGCGAACUUCUGGAUGAAUGUAUUCGAAUGCUUCACAAUUUUGUUAUUUGACAAUUAUCUACAUUUACUGAAGUACUGUAGCAUCUGGCAAUAUGUACGAGGGAGAUGGAAAGAAAGGGAGAGGGGCAGAGAUUGUUGUCCGUAAUACAUGGUCUUAGAAGAAAAUUCCUUUUUUUCAUUUGAAGUAAUUAUAUUUAUGACUCCAGCAACUCUAGUUUUGGAAACAUAAUGGUCGUUUUGCUUAUCAAAUGGGUGGAUAUGUUAUUA